AAUCCAGUAAAAACCAGACAGGGUUAGGUUUCCGAUGCUCCCAUUUCUCGGCUCCAGCUUGUCCUCCCCUGCUGUUAUUCCUGUCCUGUGCUCUUCCUUCCCUCCCUUCACGACCAGUUCUUCUCUUCCCACCCUCUCUCCCCUCCACGCCAUCACCAGUCAGGACACACUGACGGAUUAACCGAACCAUCCCCAUCUCACUCCUCAACGAACGACCAACCCUAGAAAGAAUUAUCCAAGAUGGUGAACUUUACCGUCGACCAAGUCCGAGGACUUAUGAACAAGCGGGCCAAUGUCCGGAACAUGUCCGUUAUUGCUCACGUCGAUCACGGAAAAUCGACUUUGACCGACUCGCUUCUGUCCAAGGCCGGUAUUAUCGCCAGUGCCCGUGCCGGAGAGGCUCGUGCUACCGAUACCCGUGCUGAUGAACAAGAACGAGGUAUCACCAUCAAAUCUACUGCCAUUUCCAUGUUCUUUGAGCUCGAAAAGGAGGACUUGGCCGAUAUCAAACAAGCUACCGAUGGUACCGAAUUCUUGAUCAACUUGAUCGACUCACCCGGACACGUUGAUUUCUCAUCCGAAGUCACUGCCGCUCUCCGUGUCACCGACGGUGCCUUGGUCGUCGUUGAUUGUGUUGAGGGAGUCUGUGUACAGACUGAGACGGUACUUCGUCAAGCCCUCACUGAGCGUAUCAAGCCUGUUGUGAUCAUCAACAAGGUCGACCGAGCUCUCUUGGAACUUCAAGUUUCUAAGGAAGACUUGUACCAAUCGUUCUGUCGAACUGUUGAGAGUGUCAACGUCAUCAUCUCCACCUACAACGACAAAACCCUCGGUGAUGUCCAGGUUUACCCCGAAAAGGGUACCGUCGCCUUUGGUUCCGGUCUCCACGGUUGGGCUUUCUCCCUCAGACAAUUCGCCAAACGUUACUCCAAGAAGUUUGGUGUUGACGCCGACAAGAUGAUGGGUCGUCUCUGGGGUGACAACUACUUCAACCCCAAGACCAAAAAAUGGGUUAAGAACGCCAUCGAUGCUGAUGGAAACACUCUUGAGCGUGCCUUCAACAUGUUUGUGCUCGAGCCCAUCUUCAAGAUCUUCGAUUCAGUCAUGAACUUCAAGAAAGAUCAAGCCAUGACCUUGAUUGACAAGCUUGAAGUCAAGCUCACCUCAGAGGAGAGAGAUACCGAAGGAAAGGCCCUGUUGAAGAUCAUCAUGCGGAAGUUCCUUCCCGCCGGUGACUCCCUAUUGGACAUGAUCUGUAUCCAUCUUCCAUCCCCGAUCACCGCCCAGAAAUACCGAGUCGAGACCUUGUACGAAGGUCCUAUGGAUGACGAGGCUGCCCUUGGAAUCCGUGAUUGUGACCCGAACGGACCAUUGAUGUUGUACGUUUCCAAGAUGGUACCGACCACCGAUAAAGGGCGAUUCUACGCCUUCGGACGUGUCUUCUCUGGAACCGUCAAAGCCGGACCAAAGAUCCGAAUUCAAGGGCCUAACUACACCCCCGGCAAGAAGGAAGACUUGUUCAUCAAAUCUAUCCAACGAACUGUUUUGAUGAUGGGUGGUCGUGUUGAAGCCAUCGAGGAUUGCCCGGCCGGUAACAUCAUCGGCUUGGUCGGUGUUGAUCAAUUCUUGCUCAAGUCUGGAACCCUCACUACCUCUGAGACCGCUCACAACAUGAAGGUCAUGAAAUUCUCCGUCUCUCCCGUCGUCCAAGUCGCUGUGGAGGUCAAGAACGCCAACGAUCUGCCAAAACUUGUCGAAGGUCUCAAGCGACUAUCGAAGUCUGAUCCUUGUGUACAAACCUGGAUUGCUGAGACCGGAGAGCACAUCGUCGCCGGUGCUGGUGAACUUCAUCUUGAAAUCUGUCUCAAGGAUUUACAAGAUGACCACGCCCAAGUCCCUCUUAAGAUUUCUGACCCCGUCGUCGGAUACAGAGAGACCGUCCAAACCGAAUCUUCGAUCGUUGCCUUGUCCAAGUCCCAAAACAAGCACAACCGACUGUACGUUAAGGCUCAACCGAUUGAGGAAGAGCUUUCCAAGGCUGUUGAGGAGGGCAAGGUUGGCCCCCGUGAUGAUUUCAAGCUCCGUGCUCGUCUUCUAGCCGAUGAGUACGGAUGGGAUGUCACCGAUGCCCGAAAGAUCUGGGCGUUUGCCCCUGAUGGAAGCGGUCCCAACUUCUUGGUCGAUACCACCAAGGGAGUCCAAUACCUCAGUGAAAUCAAGGAUUCGUGUGUUGCUGCCUUCCAAUGGGCGGCCAAGGAAGGUCCUUGUGCCGAAGAAAACAUGCGAGGAACCAGAUAUAACAUUCUCGAUGUGACUCUCCACACUGAUGCUAUUCAUCGUGGUGGUGGUCAGAUCAUCCCAACCUGUCGACGUGUUGUUUACGCUGCUGCUCUGCUUGCCAACCCUGGUCUUCAAGAGCCCAUGUACAUGGUGGAGAUGCAAACCCCUGAGAACGCUUUGGGUGGUAUUUACUCCGUCUUGAACAAGAAGCGAGGACAUGUGUUCUCUGAAGAACAGAGAGUCGGUACCCCCAUGUACACCGUCAAGGCCUACUUGCCGGUAUCUGAAUCGUUCGGAUUCAACGGAGAGCUCCGACAAGCUACCUCCGGACAAGCCUUCCCACAGAUGGUGUUUGAUCACUGGCAACUGAUGGCUGGUACCCCCCUCGAGAAGGGUAGCAAGCUUGAACAAUUGGUUCACGAUAUCAGGAAACGUAAAGGUCUGAAGAUCGAGAUCCCAGCUCUAGAUAACUACUAUGACAAACUCUAGAAGAAAAAAAUGUAUCUAGUCUUCUGGAUCUUCUCUUCCAUCCUCUCUCCCUCUUCCUCUCCCUCUCUUUAUUAUGAGAAUCCUUACGAAAUUCAAAUGCAUCUAUUCCUUUUUUUAAACUUAGUUUACUUGAUGCUUCCCUUUAUUUUUGCUCUCUACCCCACCGAAAAAUCACAAAAGAAUAUCUACAUCGUUGUGUGAUUUCACACAUCAACAAAUAUAGAGAGCGAGACUGAGCGAGAGCAUGGGUUACAGUUAUGUGUGGAACAAUCUGUGUUCUCUCUUUGUGUCGAUUGACUUUUGUUUCUCCCCAUGCUCGAUCAUCCAUGCCUUGGGUGCUCUAUUAACCACUAAACAUUGGUGACUGCGAAAUUGUAGAUGAACAUAGGUGAUGACAGCAGGGCAUGAGUCAGCAAACAUUCUCAAGAUGAUUGAUG